AGGAUAUCCGUGAUGGAGCUCGCCCUACUGGUCGUCGUGACCCUGUUGGCGGUGCCUCCGGCCGCCUCCAUGUUGUGCCCCAAGCGCUGCACGUGCCAGAACCUGCUGCCCUCCUACACGGUGCUGUGUGCCAAGACCGGCCUGCUUUUCGUGCCGCCCAACAUUGACCGGCGCACCGCCGAGCUGCGGCUCAUGGACAACUUCAUCACCACGCUGCGCCACCGCGACUUCGCCAACAUGAGCAGUCUCAUCCACCUGACGCUCUCGCGCAACACCAUCAGCCAGAUCUGCCCGUACGCCUUCGCCGACCUCCAGGACCUCCACGCGCUCCACUUGGACGCCAACCGGCUGACGGUGCUGGACGACACCCACCUGCAGGGCUUGGUCAACCUGCGCCACCUCAUCCUGGCCAACAACCAGCUGCACAGCAUCUCGGCCGGUGCCUUCCAGGACUUCCUGGAGACGCUGGAGGACCUCGACCUGUCCUACAACAACCUGGUGGACGUGCCCUGGGAGACCAUGGGCAUGCUGGUCAGCGUCAACACGCUGAGCCUGGACCACAACCUCAUCGAGUACGUGCCCGAGGGCAUCUUCUCCAACAUGCACAAGCUGGCGCGUCUGGACAUGACGUCCAACAAGCUGAAGAAGAUCCCGCCGGACCCGCUCUUCCUGCGGAUCCCCGUCUACGCCAAGCUGAAAGGCUCGCCACUCACGGCGCUCGUCCUGAGCUUCGGCGGGAAUCCGCUGCACUGCAACUGCGAGCUGAUGUGGCUGCGGAGACUGACCCGCGAGGACGACCUGGAGACGUGCGCCUCACCCCGGGAGCUGGCCGGCAAGUACUUCUGGACCAUCAAGGAGGAGGAGUUCACGUGUGAGCCGCCCAUGAUCAUGCGCCAUAGCCCCAAGACCUUCGUGAUGGAGGGUCAGCGCGUGAGCUUGCGCUGUAAGCACAUCGGCGACCCCGAGCCGUCCACCCACUGGGUCAGCCCCGACGGCAAGGUGAUCGGCAACACGUCGCGCACCACCUGCUACGAGAACGGGACGCUCGACAUCCACACCACCACCGUCAAGGACUCGGGGAUGUUCACGUGCAUCGCAUCCAACGCAGCCGGGGAGGCCACAGAGAAGGUGGAGCUCGUGGUCAACCCGUCGCCCCAUUACAACCCCAAGCUGGAACCAGAACCGGGUCCGUCCGACAUGCCCACCUCCAUCAAGUCCAACGCCAGCGGCGGCCACUCCAAGACCGACCAGCCCCGAGUGAGCGUGUCCGAGCUCACCUCCUCGUCCGUUAUCGUCCACUGGCCCCCACAGAGCGAGAUCCCCGGGGUACGCAUGUACCAGAUCCAGUACAACAGCUCCACCGACGACAUCCUCAUCUACAGGUGA